AUGGCUACCCCUAGUGUCCUCGCUUUUGACGCUGAGGGUCGAGCCAUUGACUUUGAGGUCUGGGUCGACGAUCUGCAGCUGUUCUUACAGUGCGAUAGGGCAGACAGUCUCUCUCUCUUUGACCUCACCUCUGGCGCCUCUCCUGCCCCUGCUGCUGAUGCUGACCCUACUGUUCGCUCCCCGUGGGCCACGCGCGAUGCAGCUGCACGUCUUGCUGUGCUCACCCGCCUCCCUGACUCCCUUCGCGUAGUCAGGGACCACUUCCUCUCAGUCUGUCCCACCACUCUCACUAUUGACCUCCUUGAGAAGGCCCUCCUAGCAGCGGAAAAGAGCAUAGUCGAUGUAGGAGCCUCUCGUGGUGACCCUCGCACCCCCAUCUUUGAGGGGUGUUCCCCUUCCCCCCUGUUGCCCUCUGUCGCCUCUGCUGCUGCGGCCGACCUCGUUGGUCUUGAGUCGGUCGGUGCGGCGUCUGCCCCUAGCGGGAGACGUCGCUCUGGCAAGGGCAAGGGGGGCAAGGGCGCGGGUGGAGCUAGCGGGGGUGCUGGAGGUGGCGGUGGAGGCGGCGGAGGGAGUGGGGGUGGCGGUGGGAGUGGCGGCGGGGGUGGAGGUGGCGGUGGCAGCAGCGGAGGCGGAGUCGGCGGAGGCGGUAGCGGUGGGAGCGGAGGCAGCGGUGGUGGCGGAGGUGGAGGCGGCGGUGGUGGAGGAGGUGGAGCUGGUCGGGGUGGUGCUUCGCAGCGGAGCGGCUCCGGUGGUGGUUAG